UCUCUCUCAUUGAGCCUCACACUAUAUAUAAACAUGAUAAGCCAAGCCAAACUCUCCCCCACUAUCCUUUCUUUCUCUCUAUGUUAUUAUAUCAAGCCCUUCUUCCCUUCUCUGCUAUAAUUAAUCUGCCUCUUGUCUUUUAAUGGAUACUUUAAAAAAGUUCCUUCAAGUUCUUUUACUUGCUUGUUGUUGUGUUUUUGUGAUAAAAAACGACGCCGUCGAAGCAUCACACAACGUUUACCCCGAGUUUCAGUCUCUUGCUGCCGUCAAGGUCAACCAAGUCCACAGAACUGCGUUUCACUUUCAACCUCCAAGCAACUGGAUUAACGACCCAAAUGGACCUAUGUACUUUGGUGGUCUGUACCACUUGUUCUAUCAGUACAAUCCCAAAGGUGCGGUUUGGGGCAACAUUGUUUGGGCCCAUUCAGUGUCCAAGGAUCUGAUCAAUUGGGAAGCCCUUGAGCCUGCAAUAUACCCAUCCAAGCCCUUUGACGUAAAUGGAUGUUGGUCCGGGUCCGCCACUAUUCUCCCCGGCAACAAGCCCAUUAUCCUCUACACUGGAAUCGACCCCCAAAACCGCCAGGUCCAAAACUACGCCAUCCCGGCAAACUCAUCCGACCCGUACCUCCGUGAAUGGAUGAAGCCCGAUAACAACCCGCUAGUGGUCCCGGAUGCGGGUAUGAACGCAACCGCAUUCCGUGACCCAACAACGGCUUGGUGGGUCGAUGGGCAUUGGAAGAUGUUGGUGGGUGGCAAAAGGAAGCACCGAGGGGUGGCCCAUUUGUAUAGGAGCAAGGAUUUCAUGCAUUGGGUCAAGGCCCAUCACCCACUUCACUCGGCUCCCCAUACGGGAAUGUGGGAGUGCCCGGAUUUUUACCCCGUUCCAUUGGUUGGCAAAUUCGGGUUGGACACAUCAAAGGUUGGUGUGGAUGUGAAGCAUGUUCUGAAAGUGAGCCUUGAUGAGACUAGGUACGAUUAUUAUACACUUGGGAAAUAUUUUACAGAGAAAGAUAGGUAUGUUCCUGAUAAAGCCUUGGUGGAUGGUUGGUCUGGGUUGAGAUAUGACUAUGGCAACUUUUAUGCAUCCAAGAGUUUCUUUGAUCCUGCAAAGAGUAGAAGAAUUUUGUUGGGGUGGGCUAAUGAGUCUGAUACAUCUCACGAAGAUGUUGCUAAGGGAUGGGCCGGAAUUCAGACAAUACCGAGGGUGGUGUGGCUCAGUCCAGAUGGGAAACAAUUGUUGCAAUGGCCUAUUGAAGAAGUAGAAACUCUAAGAGGGCAAAAGGUCGAGUUGAGCAUUCAAAAGCUCAAACUAGGAGAUUAUGUUGAAGUUAAAGGAAUAACUGCGGCUCAGGCCGAUGUUGAUGUUCUCUUCACAAUCCCUAGCUUGGACAAAGCCGAAGAAUUUGACCCUAGCUGGACCAGCCUCGAUGCCCAAAGACUUUGUGGCCUAAAGGGUUCAAAAAUUCAAGGUGGCCUUGGGCCUUUUGGACUUUUGACAUUAGCAUCACAAAACCUAGAGGAAUUCACUCCUGUUUUCUUCAGGAUUUUUAAAGCUCAAGGCAGCAGGCACCUAGUUCUCAUGUGCUCUGAUGCAACAAGUUCGUCUCUGCAGAACAACCUGUACAAACCAUCAUUUGCUGGCUUUGUGGAUGUAGAUUUGACUUCUUACAAGAAGCUUUCCCUCAGGAGUUUGAUUGAUCAUUCUGUUGUUGAAAGUUUUGGACCUGGGGCAAAAACAUGCAUCACAUCUAGGGUUUAUCCAACUCUAGCAGUUAACAAGGAAGCUCACUUGUUUGUGUUCAACAAUGGGACUGAGACUAUUACUGUAGAGAGCCUCACUGCAUGGAGUAUGAAUGCUCCUCAACAGAUGAACGCAUAGGUUUAGGGUCUAGAAGAAGAUGAUGUAGAAUAAUGUAAAAUUAUGCUUGUUUAAAUAAUUUAGCCUGAGAGCUAGGAAAUAAGGAUCUAUGUACCAUAACAUGGCGUUGUUGGUGGUUGUAGACAGCAAAAAAUAAUUAUAUCUAUUAUUAAGU